CGUUGUGUCACGUUUAGAUGUGUUGGGCUGUGUGGGCUGCACGCGGACUGUACCAGCAGCAACCGGCAUGGCGUACAGCGCGAAGAUCGGUCCGUCCAUCCUGAGCAGCGACCUGUCGCGUCUGGGCAGCGAAUGCGUGCGGAUGAUGGGCUGCGGCGCGGACUACCUGCACCUCGACGUUAUGGACGGGCACUUUGUUCCCAACCUGACCUUUGGCCAUCCCAUGGUGGAGUGCCUGAGGAAGUCGGUAGGCCAAGACCCUUUCUUUGACAUGCACAUGAUGGUGUCACGGCCGGAGCAGUGGGUGAAGCCCAUGGCUGCGGCAGGAGCCAACCAGUAUACGUUCCACAUAGAGUCCACCACCAACCCUGGUAACCUCAUCAAGGAGAUUAGAGAGAGUGGCAUGAAGGUGGGUUUGGCCAUAAAGCCUGGUACUACUGUUGAAGAGCUCGCCCCUUGGGCCAAUCAGAUCGACAUGGCCCUGGUCAUGACUGUUGAACCCGGCUUUGGGGGCCAGAAGUUCAUGGACGACAUGAUGCCGAAGGUGAGUUGGUUAAGGAGUCAGUUCCCGUCGUUGGACAUUGAAGUGGACGGAGGAGUCGGCCCUGACACCAUUCACAAGUGUGCAGAGGCAGGAGCCAACAUGAUCGUGUCAGGCAGCGCCGUGAUAGGCAGCGAGGACCCUCGCUCGGUCAUCGCUAUGCUGCGCACCGUGGUCGCCGAGGCCAUCCAGAAACGCUCGCUGGACCGCUGAGAUGUCGACACGGCGACGCAACACCUGGAACGGACUCUGUGUGAACACUUGUGGGGUUCAGGUCAGGGGUCAGCAGGGCAUCGGCGGCAUUGAAGCCGCACCGUGCCGCUACAAGACAUUUUGCGUUCCAUCUUGUCCUUCCACAAUCACCUCUUUGAACAGUUAAAUGAAAUCGAGUCUCAUCUCGGCAUUGGGACCACCAUUUCAAGACCGGAGCUGAGGUCGUGCUUAUUUCACAUAAAUUAAAAUCCCUGAAUAUAGUUUGACUGUUUAAAGUUCAUAUUGAUUAUGGAAAUAAAAUGGUCCAAGGCACUGUGA